GUCGGUUCUCUCGUCGACGACCGUCGGAUCGCGCCGCACCGCGUCGUGUCGUGUUUCGUAUCCGAACCAGAAGUCAGAACUCGUCGCCCGCCAGAACCGCGCCUCCUGGAGCCUCGCGGCCGCGAAAAACGGCCACCGCCGGUGACAGUGACAUGUGCGUUGCUCCAGUGCUGUGUCCCGCUGUCGUCACCGUGGCUAUAGGCCGGAGCAGCUUGCUGUUGUGCGCCCGCUAUACUCCCUGUGCUCGCUUAACUCGCUGCGACCGUCAUUGCUGCCGUGCCACUGCUGUUACUCGCCGGAGUCGCCGUUGCACGUUACGAUGCAUCUCGUCUACGAUGCCACCGCCCGCAAGAUGUUAACUAAAUGAUGAUGUUAAGGCGUUCAACGGGCAAGCAUGAGGGAAAGAACACCCUCUGCCGACGACACCCCAAAAAGGGCCCCACCGGCACCCAACAGAGAGGCGGCUUCGGCGGACGUAACUGGUAGCGAGACACCGAACGACGAUACGAUUGAGGGUUAUCACACGGCGAAAUUGUCCGGCAUCUCUUCGGCAUCCGAUUCGACUACGUCGUCCGAUAGGAUGGUAGCGUCGACGCAGAGCCUGGAGGAUCUGGGCGUCAACCAUCCCGCCAACGCAGCAGGGAGCAACGCCGAUCGUCAGCAACAUCAACAGCAACAACAGCAUCUGCAGGAACGCUACGGUCAUGCCUACAGAUCAUCGGCGCAGACUGCCCAGGACAAGCGAUCGCGGUUGAGCAACGUAAUCAACAAUCUGCGCAAAAAGGUGCCAGAUGGAGCAGCCAGUGGAAACUCGGACUCGCCGAGGAAGGAAGAGGACGAUCGGAAUAGCGUCGAGAGAAACCUGGAAACUUUGGAGAAAUAUGUGAUGACGGUGCUGAAUGGUGUGAUCAAGGACAACGAGGAGGAAGAUAAGAAUAUAGAGAAAAUGAAAGAGCUGGAAAGACAGAGGAAAAAUACUGAUGAAGAGGAAGAAGAAGAAGAAGAGGAGGAAGAAGAUCCGACAGAUAUGACAGUCAAGUCUGAGCCUUCAAGCGAGGGUGAUAUCGAAGCAGCUGUUGUGCCGCGAUUAGAGGACUCUUCGACGGUCAAAAAUACCGAAGACGCUGAAUUCUUGGAGAUUAUAGACUGCUUGAGUACAAAAGAAAUGACAGAAGAAAGUUUACAAGAUUCGGAGGACAGAAUUAGUCAAGAUUCAAAAGAAUCACCUUCGAGGAUAGAGGAAGAAGAUCUAGACGUUGAGCAGGAAGAAUCAUCUGAAGAUGAUCGAGGAGUUUCGAGGGAGAAGGAGAGUCGAACACUAAGCACAAUUAUAAUGGACAGAUUGAGUGAGCAUCAGGUUGAGGAAAGAGCGAAUGUUGAUGACGGCAGAGGAAACCGAAUGCGUGAUGAACAUGCAGUCUCGGAAGAUACCACGGUGCGAAUGAUUUGCGGUGAAUUGCUAGACGAUCUGUUGAGCGAUGUCUACCGCAUCGUCAACGAUCACGAGAACCACCAAAAGACCGAAGAAUAUAAGAAGUCGAAGAAGACUGACGCGACCGAAUCGAGGGUGGAGGAGACCAAAGAUUCAAGUAUCGUUCAGGAAUUGUCCAUGACGGGCCUGCAUUGCAGUCUACCCUUGGACAAAGUCGCGUCUGUGCUUCAAAACUGUCAGACGAGCGAAUCGGUAACCUCACGACUCGCUUCAGGAUUGUCCUCGAAUCCUCCGUUGGCUCAGAAGUCGAAACCGUCGUCCAGUACUCCGCCGGUCAGAGUCCUCUGUCUUUACUGCGACAGGAAGUUCCUGUCCAUGUCCCGGCGACAGCGACAUAUGGAGAAAGCACAUCAGCUCAGCGGUGGCAGGAGAUCAGAGAGGAAUCUCCGAAAACCCUCCCAGAACUGCCAGUACUGCUUUGAGAAAUCUGCCGAUACUUUGGAGGCGUUAUUCCAACACAUGGUCGCUAGUCACGGAGAUAAGUAUCACGCGUGCGUCCAAUGUUUGACGAGGUAUCUCACCCGGGAAGCUUUGGUGGGACACAUAAGCGAGACGCACGGGGGAAAUGCCGAGAGAAUCAGUCAGGUUCAGUCGGAGAAAAUCAAAGAAGGAUCGCCUCCCUGCAGAGACUUUUGUAGUCAAAAUUUACGUGAGAAAGUGAACAUGUCAGUUAAAGAGAGAAGAUCCGAAGAAAAGGAAUCAGAGGAUCAAGAUGACAAUCGACGGUUGGACAGAACGAAACUCAUUGCGACGCGAGAACCCAUCGAUAAUCCGGCCAGUCCUGAGUUUGACAGUUCAUUUUACAGUAAUGUGAGCUGCAACAUUCGUGAGAAUCUGCUGCACCAUCUGGAUGGUAAGCUGCAGACGAUAAGCAGCGCGUCAUCCUCGACGUGCACACCACCGAUUGCUACCUCAAACUCGACGGCGACGAUGACGGAAUCAAAAUCGCCGCAACAACAAUCGCAACAUACAUACUACGAGCACAACGUCAAUCAAAUCCAAUUUCCCAUCGAUAUCUCACUGACCGCGGCGACUCCGGUUUACAGCAAAGACUAUUCGGCCAGCGAAGAGUAUGAAAAUUCGAGUGAAUAUGCCCGGAAAGCCGGUAAAAUGAGCAGCGGCUCACGACCGCGUCGAGUCUCUUUCGAGAAAUAUAAUUUCCCGCGAAAAUACGACGGCAGGGAACAAUGGACAUGCUCGAUCAAGGACCUCAGCAAGUUCGACAUCUCCACGCAGCUAACACUUCGAAAGAAGCAGCAGCUUAUUAAGGAGCGUCUCGCUGGUAGCAGACUACAUCAGACUCAGUUGCUAUCCUGUGAAGUAUCUCUUCGCGAUCAGAAUCAGACCGAGCUUGUCAUCGAAAUGGCAGUGAGAGAUCAAAAUAACGCUGAUGAUAACGAUGUGAUCGAUAUAAGUGCCGCGACUCUCGAUGUCCGCGACUGCGAUGGCGAACUGCUUCCAAGCGAGAUUAAAAAGGAACCAAUUAAAGAGGAACCCGAGUCAUCCGCAACUUCGAUGUCGACGAUUAUUACGGAAUUCAGUGUUGAAUUCGCAGAUUUUAUGAGACUGAGAAGACGCGAGGAAAACGACAAUGAAGUCACUAAUGCUCAGGGGAUCGUUUAUGCUGAACUGAGCGGCGAAUGGUCACGAAUGCGGAUCUACAUCUGUGGCGCUUGUGGUUCCAGACAUGUAACACUCAAGGAGAUGGAGGAUCACAAAGCUUCCAUGCAUCCACGUAUCCUGUGCUCGCACUUCGACCUGGCCGGCGAUCAACGCGAGCACUACAAGCAUUUGUAUCUACCGGGACGAGAUGCACCUACCGAUGCUGCACGUAACGACUCUCUCGAGGAGAUGGUAUGCACCAAAUGCGCUAAGAGUUGCCCGAACAUGGGUGAAUUGCAUCGCCACAUGUUAGAGUGUGGAGGUGAUCAGGCUUGGUUGCUCGGCCUCACCGGUAGUGGCAAGAAGAAGUGCAAGUGGCGGCCGUUCGGUAGCCGCAGCCGUCGACGGCGUCAGCGCGGCAUGAAGAGAAAUAUACAGAACUCGCAAACGCAACUGCAACCACGGAUUGUCAACACGGAGAAACCCAAAGAGAAACAAACACCGACCGGCCCUAGAGUUCGCCCGAGUGACCGCGAAAGUAUUCAAAAAAUGCUAGCCAAUCUGCCAGCUAAAAGAGCCACAAGGAAGGUUCUGCAGGACAGCAUGAUGCGAUCGCAGGGUCGACUUCGUAACGUGCAAACCAAAACAAGGCCUUGUAUAAUCGGUGACCCGAACUCGUCCCGAAUCUCACGCAACAAAGCCGCUCUGCGGAAUAAACUGCUGAAGAAUGCCAAAUCAAUUCAGCGGAAUCGCUGUCGAAGUGACAACAUCGCCGCGGUAAUCGAGAGCGUCGUGAGGAAGUGUCACGAAACUGAAAAGAAAUCGGAUAGUGAUGUCGACAAAACCGCCGAAAUUGAGAACGAGGAUAAGAAAAAUGCCAAAGAGAUGAACGAAGGUUCAUCGAAGGCAACCAGCAAAGCUUUGGAUCAGAAUGAUAGAAUUAUUCGACCGAAAGUUGGACGACCUAAGAUUCUCGGCAAGAAGAGGAAUGUGAAAAAUCCACAACUUCAAAGCAAAAGCAACAAGCUAGUAAAAGCGAUGGGCAAGUUUGCGAAAUUUAAGAAUGAUACUACAUCCGAGACGAAGGGCGAAGGCGAGGAGACAUCCUCCCCAAAGAGUAUACCAAAGAACGCAAAGACGACACUAAAAACAAUUGACAAAGAUGACGUCAAUGCCGAUAAUAAAAAGAUAUCGACAAUUUCUGGAAUAAAAAAUAAAAACAAAUUGACGCACAACAUAUCGAAGAGAAAACGUCCUGUGGAUCCGGUGGCAUCCUUGAAUGCUUCUAUCAAGGCAAAAUCACAGUUACGAACGCAGGAUGGUAAGUUCGCUCGCAAUCCAAACAAGAAUUUGCAGGCGAAAUCGUCCGAAGAGAAAACAGACAACGGAAAAUACAAGACUACCGACUGGAUCGAAAUUAAACCCAAGCUGAAAGCAGCGCAGAAGUUGAAAAAAAUUGGGAUCCAGCUGCCACGAAGAGUCACUCGGUUAUCAUCGGAUAGCGACAAGAUGCCGACUUUGGAACCAGUCGUACAGAUCGUUUCCUCCAAUGAGGAAUAUGCCGAUAAAUCGGUGAACGAUUUACCUAUCUUGUCGCCAGUAACAUCAUCGGGUUCUCUUCAGGAUCAAAAGGCAUCUCGAAUUUCCACAAAGUGCAUUUUAAAGGAAAAAGAGGAGAAUAUUGAGGCUAAUGCCGAUCUCGAAGUUGUUCUUGAAAAAAGAAAAAGGAGGCAGAAAUCAAUGAGAGGAAGAAAACCGAAGGAGGAAACGAAAGACAUAGUGAAGCGGAAGAAGACUAGUAUAAUUGAAGAAAACAAAAUUUCCAAAAAUAACGCAGUAAUAUUAAAAAAUGAUAAAACGAAAGGCAGAAAGAGUUUACCGGUCUUAAAUGCUAAUAGUAGUGAAAAUAACAAAGAAGAAAUAUCGAAGAAAGAGGUAAUUGCCAAAAAAGAUUCUAAGCCUAAAAAAGAAGAAGCGACGAAGGAAACUCGAAGCAACUCGAAAACCAGAGUAAACAAGGAUUUCGUGAAACUGUCGGACAUUCCAUUCGAGGUGAAGAAACUACUGUAUUCGGCUCAAUGUAUUCUCGAUAAGGACGAUCUCUUGAGCACACUAGAACUCGCAUCUAACGAUUCAAAACGCAAUCUAAGGCAAUUGGCACCAAGAUCGAAAGUGCUUCAAGUGAAUAACAAGAAACCGCGAGAACUAGAUGACGAAUCAGAUGGCUUGAAAGAUAAGAAGGAGAAGAUUGAAGCAAUUAAAAAAUCAUCCAGAAAAAACGCUGAGAAGAAGGAUGACGAUAAGCUAACGAAAAUGAGCCUAGAGAAGGAUUCAAUUAGCAACGCGAUUGCCAAUGUAGCGCAAAACGAAAGAAAUCAACAAGGUAAAAGAGACAGAGCAGUGAAAACGAAGGAAAUUACGAUUGAUAAUUCCGAUAUGAAAAGUAAAAUCGAUGGCAGACAAACGAGAGGAUCAGUGAGCGAUGUCAAGAACGAGCCUUCCUUAGAAAUUAUAAACGAUAGUCUUCGAAAAGGCAGAUCUUUGCUGGGAAAACGUCGCAGUCGUAACAAAUCGCUCGACAAAGAUGAAGAAAACUUGCAUGUAUCCAAAGCACAGAGUAGCGAAAAUGCCUCGUCGAGCGGAAAGGAAAAGCUCGGGGAAGUUGUCGAUAAAAUUUCUAAGAAGGAAAUUGAAGGUGAGAGUGAUAAAAAUUCUGAUGAUCACUUAGAUUCGACAGUAGUGAAUAUCAAUUUAAGUCACUUGCAAUCGGAGACGAGUAACCUGUCCAUUGACAGUGGUAAGGAAAACUCUUUGGAAACAUCCGUGAACGUUCACAGUAAACUGAAAGUAGGAAGACCCAAGAAGUCAUGGGGCGCACGUCGCGAGAAAUCAUUGAGGAAGAGGUCCUUAAACAAUGUCAUCGGUAUUCUGACGGAGGGCAUGAAUAUCCCUGCGGAGGCGCAGCAGAACGUGCAAGUGCUCACGGUUCAGACUAGUUUGGACAAUCCGGAUAGGUUGGCGCGGAACGGAAGCGCUCAACAACCAAACAGUGGUGAGGGCGACGUGAUCAUGGUAGACGCAGCAUUCAGUGAGCUGUCGGCCCUCCCCAAAAGCGAAGAGAAAUCCAUAAAGAACGAAACUAUUACGGCAACGAGCACAACUGAUAGCUCUCAUGCAGACAAUGAGAAGAAUGCUUGUCCUGAUGAAGCACAACUUGAAACCGUCGUCACCGAUGGAAAAGUCGAUGUAUCGUUGAGAGUUACAACUACUAAGGCGUGUUCGCCAACCAAUGACAUUAUCCUCGAUUUGUCUAGAAGGAAACCCAAGGGUAAAGGCUCUUUCUUAGAGAAAAUUGUGUCGAAGAUAGCCAAGCAGAAAGAUGCUUUGCUAGAAGGUGAGGUAGGUUCUUUGCUUGAUACUGCAGCCGAUGAGUUGACUAGCAUUCUCGAUGAGGUCGGACCCACCUUGACUGAUAAUGCGGAGGGUACAAAUUCCGACGAAGCAAAUCAUGCCUCAGAGAACAAUAAAAGUGUAACAGUUACAUCCGCUGACAAAGAAUUGCCGAUGAUUGUAGAACCUGAAAUUCAAGCAUUGGAAAACGAGAAAACCAAUGUUGAGAGCGCGGUUUCCAAAUGUUCAAUGGAUUCUUUGGAGAUAUCAGACAAUCUUGAAAAAAAUUUGGUAACAAAGGCUGAAAUUCAAAGUGAGAAUCAAUUUAAAGCAGAUAAUGCUUCAAACGAGAUAAAGAAUAACGAUGACUUGCACAGAAAAGUGAGUUCUAUUGAAAAAAAUGUUGAAAAUAAAUCAAUGAUAAAUAAAGAACCAGUUAUUCCAAUAACAAUUUCAAAUGAGAAUCUUGCAUCAUUAACCGAUAUUUCAAUUUCUUGUUCGUUAAUUACACAAAAAGAAAAUUUAGAAAAACCUGAAAGAAAGAAAGGCGUUACAAAAUCCAGAAGAAAAUCCAACAAAAGAUCACUGGACGCAAGAUCUAAAAAUAAGAAAAAAUCAUUAGAAAUCAUCGAAGAUCGCACAGAAGAAAAUGCGCAGAAAAAACUUGGAUUGAAUGACACAUUUAAGUCCGAUGUUGGAAAUGAAUUUUCAAAGAAAGACGAUAAUGUAGAGACUUCAAACACAGAUAUCGAAAAGUCGAAGCUGCUUCAAUAUAGUAAAAGCGAAAUUCUCAAGGACAACUUAAAGUCAACAAAUUUAGAAAAGAAUCUCACGAAAGCUAAUAAUGAAUCAAAUUUAGAAAAAUUCACCGAUUUUUCAGAAAUCAUUUGUGAAAAUACAAAAUUAAUGGCGAGCCUUGAAAAAUCCCUUGACAAAAUAACUUCUGAUGAAAAUACUGUUACCAAUGAUCAGUCGACAGAAUCAAUCGAGAAAAAUACUGAUUUUUCGAUAUUAUCUUCAGAAAAAAGUGUUGAGUGUAAAAAAUCUGUAAAUAGAAAUAAAAAAAAGAAUCGAGUUAAUUCGAACGGAUCUAGGCGUAAAUCGAAAAGAAAAUUGAAAUCUGUCUUAUCAAUAACUCCUUCGAAUGAUGCUACUAUAAACAUCCUCCAAACUUCUGUAGAACUUAUAGAUGAAACAGAAGAGAUACCAUCUUCGUCGACCAUUGCGAGAGAAUCUUUAGAAUCAACUGAUAUACAAUCGAUAAAAAUUGGGACCAUUAGCGACUCAGACGUUCCUUUAGGAAAUUUCUUGCAUUCAGUAGAAAUAGUGCCCGAGAAAUAUAAAGAGACACAAAAUACAGACUUAAAUUCAAGUCUCGUUAAUUCGAUACCUUCAAAAACAAUGGAGAAACGUGAUGCAAAAAAGAAGUUAUUGGCUGAGGAUCUGGAACUAUUGGAAGACAAGUCUGCUAAAGUUGUUUUGAAACUCAAUAAUGAAUCCAGCAUCGCUGAUACUAAUGAGCGAUUAUCUGUUAGCUUAGAACAUUUCAAAAUACCGGAAGUGAAGGAUCUACCGCAGAGUGCGAAAAAACGAGGCCCGAAAAAGAAGUCGCAAUCCGAGGAUGAUCGCUGGAACAGCGGAAGCGUUUCCGAAAAGUCUCGAACGAAUGAGAAACUCAUGGAGAUUGGCGAGAUAUCUAAUUUGAUCGAAGAAAAAGUCGAAGAAGAAAUAGAGAAACGUGUUAUUGGAGAAGAAUCGAGUACGAAGAAGCUUGGAAGAUCGAAUUCUUCAGGGUCCAUCGGUCUCGCUCCCAAGACAAGAUCUAUGUUUAAGAGAAAAACACAGCUGUCAAACGAAGACCUUGCUGAUUCCAACAUUCGAAAUCAGAAUGCCGAAAGCAUGGACGAUUUGUCCGAAAGCUCGUGCGUUAGCGAGUCCAGCUACUUUAGGAAGAAGCGAUUCGCGAAGAAAAAGAGAAAAGAGGAGACAAUAGUUGAUAGCACUCGAGUCGAUGCUUUUCUCAUAGAUUCGACAGUUCUGAAAAGCAGUAAGCAAAAUCCGAAAAGGAAAACCAAAUCAUUGCUUGAUGAGCAUCUUAAUUUGUCUGACGUGGAUGACAUUGACAUUCCAAUGGACAUCCAAGCUUCAUUAGAAAAUAUGGAAGCCUUGGAAAAAAUUGAACGAGAGUUUGAACUCACUGAAAAAUCUUUGGAUCCACAAAACGAAGGCACAGACAAAUCAACGGAUGAUACAGAGAAUAAAGAUUCGCAUGCCUCUUUAGAAAGACCAGCAUCUAAUAAUCAUUCUUUAGAUAAUCCGGUUACCCCGAAGAAACGCGCGGGAGGCAAUUUUGUGGUGGUGCACACAAAAACCGGUGAGAUUUUGAUUGUGGAGAAGAAAAAGAAGCUAACGAAGGAAGCGGCGAAGUUUUUCUGCGACGUAUGCGCUACAAGCUUCACUCGUAAGAGCUCUCUAAAGAAACAUACGUUGUCACAGUCGCAUUUAUCACAGUUGACAAAAUCCACCAAAGACAAAGACGAGUCUGUUAACAGCAAUACGUUCGAGAAUACUGAAGAGGAUGACAACGAAUGGAAUAAUCCAGAGAAUGAUCAACAGACGAAGAACAUUCUAGAAGACGUUCGAUCUCAUGAAACCGAUCAGAAGUCUUUGGAGUUAGACGAGAGCUUUGUUCCUUACACAAAUAGUACAGAAUUAACGAAAUCUCUUGUGGAUCUCGGAACGAGGCAGAUGUUGGAAGAUAAACUGCUGGACGAAGAGAUUUGCAAGAUUACUGAAAACAUGAGCCAUGAUGAAUACGUUUUAACUGAUCAAGUGACACCGGAAGAUCCAAUGUUGUCAUCAACGCCGAUCAAAGCUCACCAUAAAAAUCAGGAGGAUUCAGGACGAGGCAAAAACAGUGACAAGAAGCAGAAUAAGUCGAAGAAAAGAAAUCUGGCAGAAGAACAUUUGCUCUUGGAUUCUCCUAAAUUAGAAAAUUCUAAAAUUGACUCGGACGAGCUUCCGAAACCAACCAAUGAUGUCAUGCGAAUUUCCUCGCCAUCUUGUGAUCAUUCUUCGACAAAGGAAAUAAUGGAAACGGAAAAAAUCGAAGAUAUUUCUAAAGAAUGUGUAGAUAACGUUAAGACGAAAAAUCAAUCAGAAUUAAUUGUUACAUCUUUAAAUGAAGAAACAAUUUUGAAAUCAGUAUGUGAUAUUGAUGGGAAAAUUGACCAGCAAACAGAAUCCACGAAGACUACGAAGAAAACACUAAAAAAAAUCUCUAAAGUUUAUAACGAGGAAAAAGAAGAGAUCUCAACUUUAACUGAGAAUCGUUUCAGUCUAAGACCUAGAAGAAGUAAAAAUAUUCAGCAUUAUGAGGAGUCUGAUAUUGAAGUUGAUAUAUAUUUUAUGGAUACUUCCAUGGAGAUUAACAGUGAUGAGAUAGAAAAUAGCCGUGAUGCGCAAAAGAAACAGAACGAAGUAGAAGAAGAAACUAAUAGAAAUAUACUACAGGAUAGCUACACUGACGAUAAAAGUUCUCAGGAUGUAGAAGUCGCAAAGUCGAAGAUAGACUCAACGAACGGUACUAAAAAAAAGAAACGUGGAAGACCGAGGCUUAAAAAUCGAAUUAUUUCGAAUUCUAGUUCAGCUCUCGCGAAUCUCGAAGUUAACGGAAACGAUUCUGUCGCUACGACUAAUCUUGAUGAAUCAAAAAUUGAGGAUCAAAAAUUAAAUUUGGAUACCAAAGAGCGUUUAGAUAAAAUCAGCAAGCCAUCACAUAUUGAUGCAAAUGCCCAACCUAAACGAAGUCGGGGCAGACCUAGAAAAAAUCCUAUAUCCAUUACAAAUAAUUCUUCAAUACAAGCAGAUAAUUCGAGUGCUUCCGAAUUGACGAAAUCAAAUUAUGAUGAAAUGAAAGAAAAGGCAGACGUAAUUGAAUCAUGUUCCAAAAUGAUUAUCGAAGAAAUCACAUCGAUCAGUUCUUUGAUACCGAAUGCAGAAUCUUCAUCUGCCGUUCAAGAUCAUACUACAGAAUCAAAUUUAUCGGAAACGAAAAAAGAUUUAUUAAAUACUGAAGAUAUUCAAAGCCUCGAGCUAAACAUUUCCAAAAAUCAAUUGGCGCAGAGAAUAGAACCUACGAAUAUUGCGAUAGAUGACACCGUACUCGCAUGGAAUUGCGAGAAUGUGCUUACCUCUAACAUUCCAUCAGAAAAAGUCGAAAUAUUGCCAUCAGAAACAAAUACAUAUGUUAACGAUGCAAAAUGUGUGCUAGAAGAACAACAAAAUGAUACGAAUGUGAAUAUUUUAACACUAACGACCAAAUUAUCAACCGAGUUUCCAUCACAAAUUACCGAACAGAUAUCGAUUGAUGAUUUGAAAUCGGCUGAAUCAAAACCAAUCGAAUUCGACAACAAUGAAAGCUUCGAAAUUCCAAAAUCAACAGACAUUUUAAAAGAGAAACAAAUAAAGUCAAGAGAGGAACUUCCCGAAGAAGAAGUUCCCAAAGCAAAAUUGUUGUCAUCAGAAGAUGAGGAUAAAGCGUUAGCCGAAGACAAUAAAUCUCUUCUCGCAAAUUUCCACAAAUCUCAGAAGGUAAUAAAUGAUUCUGGGAAUGAUAGCACUUGCGAUGAAAGGACAAUUCGAUUGGAAUUUACCAAGAAAUUAUCCAGAAAGUCAACGAGUAAAGAACGAGAAAUUGAUCGUAAAAGAUUGAAAACAUCUAAGGAUAAAAAGAAAAAAAUCAAAGUCGCUGAACUGUCGAGUGACAGCGAGAACGAGGAUGACAGACUCGAAUCUGCUGCUUCGAGUAAGAAUAAAAUUGUGAAGAGUGUGUUUGGCCGAGUAUUUGGUGGCGAGAAAGCGGACAAGGUGAAAGAAGUACUGAACGAUUGGGUAUCGCGAUCAGAAGACGACUCGGAUAUAUCUAGAAGUGCUUUGGAUGCGAAAUCCUAUUUACGUGGACUGACAAAGUUCUCUGAGAAUGGACACAAGAAAGAAAAGAAAUGCCACUUUGGCUGUGAAACAAAGAAAGAUACUGAGCGAUUAUCCAAAAAGAAAGGAAACGAGAAGUGCGACAGUGAAGUUCACGGAAAAGCGAAGAAUCGAAAGAAGCGAGAGAAGGAUAUCGAAUCGAUAUCUGAGGAUCGUAUCGGCUCAUCUAUCAAUCCGGCCAAACGAAGAUAUAGAGAGAGCAAGAUCAGAGCGGACGAGAAGAUUCUAAGAGCUUUCAAUGAUGAGUUAUUGACGAUUUCGGAUGAAGAUAACAAGAUUAAAGAAAUGCACAAUCAGAUUAAUAAUGAAUUGAACGAUAAGGAAACAAGGAAACACCAUGAAAAAGACUUAAAUAAGGAGCGAACGAAGAAUAAGAAUUUGAUCUCUGAAAAUUGGGAAAGUUUUCGAGUCGAACACAACGUUCAUGGAAAAUUGAAAAAUAGUUCCAGUCAUCGUAAGAAACAAGAUGCUAAGGAGCAUUCUUUGUCACCAUCGCAAUUCGAAUCCAAAUACAGGUGGAGAGAGAGCAAGACCAAAGCCGGCGAGAGGAUCUGGAGAGCCUUUGACAAUGAGAUUUCAUCGUGCCUUUCCAACGAUCAAAAUCUUAACGAAUUUCACGAAAUUUCUAAGGAGCAACAGAUCGAGUUCUACGAAUCUGAAGACCCGAAUUGCUCGGAUAAUUCGAAGAGUGUCAAACAAAAAGAUGACGAAGCUUGGAAAAACGUCAGUUCAAUAAAUCACGAACAGAGUGUAGUGCACAGUGGACGCGGGAGAUCCAGAAAAAAUUCGAACAGUCGCAAGAAACAAGAUUUCAGUCUGAUUAAAAUAAGUAAGACAAAAACCAACAAAAGGAUUUUGAAGGAUUACGAGUUAUCGAUCCCUUCGAGAGAUCGAGAAACGAAAAACGAAAUGCAAAACGAUCAAACUAUGUUAUUGACAAGUGAAUCGAGGAAUCGAUCGAAAACUUUGAUCAAAGAUAGCUCUUACGAGUUCUUCUACAGCGAUUCAGUUGUUUCGAAGCAUGUGAAAGACCAAGAUAAUUUGUUGACACAUUUGGAUCGGUCAACAAGUUCUAGGAAAAACAAAAAAAGGAUUAUCAAUGAAGAUUGGAAAUAUUCAGUGAGGAAUCUAAAAUUUGAUCUGGAUGAUGAUCAGCCAACCGAGAAGGAAAUUGGACACAAGGAAGAGGAUACAAUAUCAUCGCGUAGUUGCAGCAGUUUAGCAGUCGAAGAACUAAGAAGGAAGAAUCAAUUAGUCGAUCUUGAUGAUUCUCAGAUGAAUCGAAAGUCUAAUAACAAUGAUAACGACAAUGAGGAGGAUGAUGACAACGAGGAAGAUGACAGUGAUCUCGAGCAACGAAGAAUGUCACCAUUCUACGCUCGCGAGACUCCCGAUAACUCCAUAGAAAGCAGCUCCGAGGAAGAGGAGGAGGAAGAGGAUGGCGAGGAAGAAGAGGAGGAACGCGUAAUGUACGAGGAUAAUUCCAGAAAGACAAAUCCUAGCGAAUUCUCUGGGGAGAAGAUUAUAAUCAGAUCGCCAUCUUCGGGUCAUAGAUCGGAUGUGGUAACGAUUGCACCCACAGACGCGAUGGAGGACAAUGCUUUAGACGUACCAAGAGAGAUCGAGUCAACGACGGAACUGCGGCAAGGCAAAAUCCUUAAUUUCGACGAGGAGCUCUUCGUGGAAUGUUGCUCGAGAUUGAAAGCUACGAGCGAGAACGAGUUGAGAGGUGCAAAGAAGAUUAAGCUCGAUCAUACAGAAUCAUAUCACAGGCGAGAUGAUCAAUCGCAAGGAUUCAGAGUCAAUAGAGAUCGAUGGAGAGACGUGGAGAGUCAAAAUAGUCUUGGUAGUCUUUUGGAGUCAGUGAAUCAAUUGCUCGGUGAGGAGAUGUACAACAGCCAUGACAAAAGUUAUCGAACACGUGGUAGCGAACGAUCGAGCAGAUCGGCCAGUCCAGAUACGUCGCGAAUCGACAAUCUUGGCUACGAGGACAGUUUGGACGUAGCUUUUGAGCACAAUAACAAACUACGAGAUAAGAUCCAACAACGCAUGAGAGAGAGCGAGAAUCUGAUAGCCAAUACGUUCGGCCAGAAGAUCAACGACAAUAAUCAUCCUGACGAUGACAAGCGAGAUAGUGUUGGGAAUUCUUAUUCCUCGAGUAUUCACGAACAUGAACAGCUGCCUACAUCGGUCGCGUCGAAUAGAGAGCUGGAGUCCUCACCGAGCCAUAAAAACAAGAUGAAUUCGACUCUAGGUGGUUUACACAAGGCACUAUCCAACUUGUUGCAUAGCAACGGCAAACAUGAUCAUAACGGUUCCGCUCCGAUGAAGCUGUUGGCGGAAUUGGCUUGCGCUCGAGCUCCGACCUCCACGUUGCCGGAGGAUACCACGAACAGUAAUAAGAAUUAUCAAUCGGUGAAAAUGGUCGCGGCAGCAGUCGCUGCAGCAGCUGCAGCGGCGGCUGCGAUAGCGGACAAGGACACCUCGACUACCUCUAAGAAGCCAACGAAGGAUUCAACGAUAACGUUGAAGAAUUCGCCAACAAAGAAGACGAGGAACCCUAUUAAAGAACUGUUCGAGCGCAAGAAGGAAAUAAACGAUAGAAAGCAACAUGAACGCUCGAAGACUUUCAUUGAAUUAAACAUGCAGAAGCAACGCAAGUCGAAGAAGAGCAAAAAGCAGCAGCAGCGGGAGUUCCCAUUGAUCCGUAGAAGUGAACAUUAUGGCCUAGUGGAGAAGAAGAAACGUCGCGAUUCUCUCGAUCGGAAAGGAGAAACAGAGAGAAUAAAGGAUGUGUACGAAUUUGAUGAGGAGGAGAGCCAAAUGGCGCCCACUCUAGGUAGCGUGAUGUCUUAUAGGAGCCAAAUCGACAAAAGUUACGACACCAAUUGGUCAAGGAUAAAGAAUACCGAUGGGAACUUAGAUACUGUCUUGCAGAACGGCAAGACGAAUUAUGUCGCGAACACUAAAUUGGACGCUAUAAUCCACCGUAAAUUCCAAGAGUUGGAGAAGUUUGCGCCAAAGACAAAAGGCGCCCUGAAGUCGUUCCAGAGCGAGGAGCAGCAACAGCAACAGCAACAAAUUAUCGAAACAGUUACCGGACCAAUGGACGAAUUUGUGGAAAGGAAGCAACGCAUGAAACGGUCUAUAGAGCAAGGCAUCAAGCAAUCUGGCAAGAUCAAGAAACGAGGUAAAAGUUCGAAGAAGCGAGUAAGAAACGCAUGGUAUGAGAACGAUAGUUCGGACGAGUUCAGAACGGCUGCGAAAACGGAAGAUAUUGGCGUUGGUAUUUCAAAAAGUCAACGCUCGUGCUCGAAAGGCAAACAGAAUCUCUUUGCGGAGUUAUCGACAUCAUCCGAGAGCGAAUACGAACGUGACAACGUUGAUUAUAUGUUCGCGAACGAGCAACGUUCAUUGAAAUUGAAGAAGAGUUUGAAAAAAUCGCUCGAUGUUGACAUCGACAUCGAUGAGACGGAUGAUCAAUGCAUAGUCAAUGAACCUGAAUUCGACAAUGAAGCUCAAGUAGCAAAUGAUUGGAAUCAAGCAGUGGAGGAAGUACAGGAAGAUGCUAUGAAGAACAAUCACGACGUCGCGAAAUCAGAAUCAGAAAUGUCAGAUCAUUCUUUGGUGAUAGAUGAAAGAAAGAUGAUCGACGAGGCGAGGAACAGCGAUGACGAUGCGGAUAAUCAGUACGAAAGAACGUUUGAGCUGGAUGAUUUGUAUAGAGAAGACAGCUCGGAUGAAGAGACAGAAGUUGAGGAGAACGAAGAGCCGAUGACCAAAGAAGUGAAGGACAACAGACCUGAAAAGCAAACAUUAGAUGAAAAUGCAACUUUGCAGACGAAACUUACUUCUACGAUCAUGAAAGACGAUUGUGCGUCAGAAAUGAUUUCUUUGGAAGAAGCCUUGGAUUUUCUAGAUCGGCAUGAGAAUCUCGAGCCCAAAGCUGAGAAUGCACGUGCAAAGAACAUCGUCAACGGCAUUAUGGAUGAAACUUCUAACGACAGAAUUGUUAAUGAGGAAAUGGAGAAUAAAUGUCCAAGCCCAGAAAUGCGAGAUGAGAAAGAGGAACCGGAUGACGAUGUUCCAGCUUUGCCCGAGAAACUAUCGAGUAAUGAGAAACCACAGAAAGAAUCCGAUCACAAUCUCCCUCUUCAUGUAUUUCUCAGCAGAAAGGUACAAGAAUCAAAGAAGAGAAAGCAACAGCAGUUAGAUAAAUUACGAGAGGAGCAAGAAAGGAUACUUAUGGAUUUUCAGCCAACCAGAAGACAAAGAAAGUGUGCGAUAGGUAAACAAGGUCUGCUAGCGGAAAUAAGUAGCUCGGACGAGGAAUCGUAUGUGAGAGAUAACAGCAGGAAAGGUAGUGAUCAUGACAAGUCGCGGAAGAAAAGGGAAUUGAAGGAAAAAAGAAAAGAAAGGUACCUCGAGAAAAAGCAUGAGCAGAUGAUUGCUAAAGAGCAAAAAGCAAUCGAGGAAGAAAUUCUGCGAGAGGUUGGCAAGAGAAAAGAGAACCUCGCACAAAACGAUAAUAUUGCAUUGAAUACUGAUGUCGUGGAAACAGUCGUCUCCGAACAAAUUCAGAGGAAAAAACAUCAGACAAAGGAGAAAUAUAAGAAAAGUGGCGACGAGAGUAUUGAGGAAAAUGCAAUGUAUAUUGAUCAGUCUUUCCUUGAUAGCUCAGAAGACAAUCAUAACAAACCAGAUCGUGCUUUCUCCACUGCGGAAAGUAAUACAGAGAAUGACCACUCAUCAACUUCAUCAAAACGAAAGAAACUCGCGAAAUCGCCAACGAAGUCGAAGAAAAUUUCCAAACCCGAGAACGGAAAGAUCUCAACGAGUAAGAGAAGUAAAGAGUCAACCGCAGAGAAAAUCAAGAAGUCCACAAGCAACAAGGAUUCUAAAGAGCGCAGAUCGUCCAGUGGAAAACGUGAUUCUGACGACGAGGAGCUAAAGACCACUAAAUCAUGGAACAAAGUCGAGGAAGGUGUCGGGGUUGCAAUUGGUCGACAUAAACGCACUGCUGCUCUUCAAUUAUACUAUUGGUCCAGUUCAAGCGAUGAGGAGGAGGCGCCAGAACCGAUUCCGGUGCCCGAAGAGGAGGAGGACGAUCGGCAGGAACAGCACGGAUGGAUAGUAGGCGACUCCCACAAGAAAAUGAUCACAAUGCUGGCGAUGGAGAAGCAGCUGAAGGAAAAACGACGUAGGAGCGAGGACGACUUCGAGCCUGGUAAGGCGAAGAGCAAGAAGCAUAGGAACAGCACUUCUUGAUACGUGUUUCAUGAUUAAAAUUCAAUCGAAUCUGCGCGACGAAUAGACGCAAUGAGACUACGAUAUUCUGACAACAUAAACUGAAAGCGAGAAAGU